CAGCUGUUAUACAGCCACACUGAACACUCUUAAAUAGUAGCACGCAGAAGCAGACGUAUGAUAGUUAUAACUGGACUUUGGAUCUGAACCUGACGGUGUGAACUCUGCUGCGGAAUGUAGGAUUGGGACCAGUUUAUUUUGGCUUAUAAUAAGUGGGUGGGUCAAGUAUUUAGAUUACUCCUGCUCAAACAGUGACUUAUCUUCAUUUUCUUUUUAAACACAAGCCUCGGUUGAGCCAUGAUGAAGAUCACAGUGAGGAUGAUGAAUGUCUGGGUCAGACUGCUCUUUAUGUCUCUGGGCGUGGCCACUUACCAGAUCAAUAUGUUAGCGCAAGGGACAGACUGCACACACAUUAAAAUCCGUUCCAAAUUGGCACCAAGUGGCAUCUACAGCAUUCAGCCACCUGGAGCUAAAAAACCUUUUCAGGUGUACUGUGUGAUGCUGAAGGAUGGAGGCUGGACCGUUAUCCAGAGGAGGACCGGUGGAAAGCUUUCCUUCGACAAUAAAUGGAAUAAAUAUAAGUUGGGAUUUGGAAAUGUUCAGAAAGAUCACUGGCUGGGCCUGGAGAACAUCUAUGCACUAACCAAAAGCAAGCAGCACAAAGCAACGCUCAGAGUAGACCUGUGGGACUUCGAAGGAGGUUCUGCCUUUGCUAAAUAUCAGAAUUUUAACAUCGGCAGCGAGAAAACGGCCUAUAAACUGCAUGUUGGAAAAUACAAAGGCACUGCAGGUGAUGCUAUCCGGGGGGCAUAUGCUGGCAUCGACCAGAACGGCUAUGGUUUCAGCACAAAUGACCGUGACAACGACGGCUGCUCCCCAUGCAUUUUUGGGGAUAUUGCGGUUAAUGAAUGCAACGGUGAAAGUGGUGGCGGAUGGUGGUUCAGUCGCUGUGGCACAGCCAACCUGCAUGGAAACUGGCAUUCUAAAGGAAAAAAUCGGGGAUGGGCAUCUGGCCUUCACUGGCUCACCUGGAGAGCACCUGAGCCCUACUCAGCUAAAGCGACUCGCAUGAUGGUCAAGAUUACUGAGCAGUUGUAGGAAGUCUUUAACAACCAAUAAAAUGUUGCUUUUCAGUUUUCAGCA